CCGGUAGGUAUCAGACCGAUGUCGUCGAUGCCAAGGCUCGGCUGAUGGCGGCGCAAUUUGACCUGCAACCACAGUUGUUAACUUGAGAUCCGUUCAUUGUCUUGAAAGCUGUGUUGGCAUCUCUCUUGCCUUGACAGCGACCGUCACGUGGCCGCCUCAUCGCAUCCCGGCGCGGCUCCGACGGCCAGUUUGAGUCGCAUGUGAGCCCAAGACUCCGAAUUGAGUCAUCCUCAUGCCUACGCCCGCCGGGGCUCGGGCCCUGCUGUCGGCGCCGACUCCGUGUCGAGCCUGUCGAUUGCCCCACGUCGCCGCCCAUGCGAAGACGAGUGCCGCCGCCGCCGCCGCCGCCGCCGCCUCUACUGCCGUGCGCAGCUCCCUGCCGCAUCGUCGCGCUGUCCCUCGUCUCUCGCACGAGCCCGGGGUAGCUGGUCGCAGCUUUCACACGUCUCGGCCUGUCCUCGGCCGCCCCGACGAUCCCAACGGGGAAGACCCGCCACCUCCGGCCCGCCCCGACAAGGACAACAGCGAUGCCGCAAAAAAUGGCCAGCCAACGGAGACGCCAGCAGAAGCCGCCGCCGCCGCCGCCGCCGAAGCAAAGCGAGAGAAGCUGAAGAGUGCAGGCUACGGGUCGGCCCGCGCCCGCGCCAACCGCAACAAUCGCGUUGAGGAAGCGCCAUCUCUAGAGCUGCCGGACUGGUUCAUGGGCCACCACGUCUCGCUGUACGAGGAGCGACCCCUGGACAAGGCCAGUGAAGUAUUGCCCGCGCUGCAAGGCGAGCAUCGGGAGGCAAUCGUCGCCGCGAUGAGCCAAACAUUCGACGAACACAGCCUAACCGAGGACGAUGUGCGGAUGUGGAAGGAGAUGCUACUCCGUGCAGACCCGGUGGCCGCCGAAGAGUUGCCGAAAAAGUCCCGGGCAAUACAUCAGGCUGCGUUCUGGCUGGCCCUAACGCUUGUGUACCGUCCUGACGCGAUCCCGAACCAUAUUGAGAUGCUGCGCCAACACCACAUCAGCGUUGGCUUCAAAAGACACACCUGGCUAUCCGGCAGCAAUGCCAGCGAGCUGACGCGCUGGUUUGCGAAUGUCCGCUUUGACGCGGCUCCGGGCUCGGGGGCGCUGCACAUCAGCCCGCUGGCGAAGAGGGAUGAUUCCGAGUAUCCGGUCUGCAUGGAGCUUCUCACUGCCGUGCAGUCCCAGCUCGCCGUGUCCGCCCCAGCCGCCAACCGCCAAGAGUCCCGGCGCCCGCCGAUUGUUUUGUCGGUGCUCAACAACAAGGGACGGACGGUCGCCAAGGAGGUCGUCCACGACGUUGCCACGGAUCUGAUGGCCGAUGUCGUGCACCUGGACGCCCACACGCUCGCUCGCCUCGUUGGCGGCUAUCUCGGUCAGAACCAGUACUCGGCCCGUGGCUCCGUCUCCAUGCUCGGCUACGCCGCUGCCGAGAUGAACGGCAGACUCGCCCCCCGGCCUGAUCCCGAACCGGAGCAGGAGAUCGGCAUGGUGGCUGUUUCGCUGCCCUCGCGGCUGCGGUCCUUCCUGUCCACGCGAGACAGCUCCGCGUCGGGCUUGUUCGAUGGCCGCUGGGAGGACAUGAAGAUGGGCGCGGCCCUGGACGCGCUCGUGGCCGCCGCCGACCUCAAACGCCGCACUAGCCGGACCGAGGCGGACGCACUGUUGCGCCGGCCGCUCAUCAUCCACGUCCACGACUACGUAGAGCUAAGCUCUCUGCAACCCACCAUGAUCCGUAAGCUUCAGGCCAUCGCCGACCGCAUGUGGGCGGCGGGGAGAAGAGCCAUUCUGGUGGGCUCCUCGUCCGGCGAUGUGGGCAAGGUGUCGCCGUGGCGCGACCAGCUGAACGACCUGGGCCGGGAUGGCGCUCACAUCAUCCCGUUCCAUGCUGAAGAUCCGGUGGACGGGUUUUUCGAACAUCUUGACAACGCGUUGGAAAAUCUACGUAACGUCGACGAUAUGCUCCAAGCAAUGGUUGGAGACCACGCACAGGUCAAGCUCGAAGACGAAUACCUGUCGGGCGAGUCACGCAUCAUCGCCGACGAGGCGGAUCGGAAACUCCUUUUCGAGACACUCUCCAGCCACUUGUAUGACGCCCAAUGGGUACAUCGCCUUGCAUCCUUGAUGGUGGGCAGCCAGACACCGCGGCGGAUAAAAUAUGGGCUCCGCGCGCUGCUAGAUGCGCUGAAGUUCAUGAACGACACGAACAACCACUGGGCGAGUAUAUACCCGGCCGUGCGCCCGCCCUACUUCUCGCCCCUCCUCGUCCCGCCAAGGAUGCCGUCCCCUUCUUCGUCCACCGAGCCUCCCUCCAGCAGCAAUCUCUCUGGCGGCGCGGCUUCGAAAGAAUACAACAGCGACGAGAAGAGGCUCCUAUCGGGCUUGAUCAACGCAAAAGACAUCCACACCACAUUCAACGACAUCAUCGUCCCGCAAGAAACCAAAGAAUCGCUCAUCGGCCUCACCUCUCUCUCCCUCAUCCGGCCCGAGGCCUUCGCCUACGGCGUGCUCAAGACCGAGCGCAUCCCCGGCUGCCUCCUGUACGGGCCGCCCGGCACAGGCAAGACGCUGCUCGCCAAAGCCGUCGCCAAGGAAUCCGGCGCCAGCAUGCUCGAGGUGUCGGCCGCUUCCAUCAACGACAAGUGGCUCGGCCAGAGCGAGAAGAACGUGCAGGCGCUCUUCUCGCUGGCCCGCAAGCUAUCGCCGUGCGUCAUCUUCCUGGACGAGGCCGACGCGCUGCUUGCCGCGCGUCGGUCCUCCCACGCCCGCGCCGCCCACCGCGAGACCAUCACGCAGUUCCUGCGCGAGUGGGACGGCCUCAGCGACAUGCGCGCCUUCAUCAUGGUGGCCACCAACCGGCCCUUCGACCUCGACGAGGCUGUCUUGCGCCGCCUGCCCCGCAAGAUCCUCGUCGACCUCCCCCUGGCUCCCGAACGCGAGGCCAUCCUGCGCGUCAUGCUCAAGGACGAGACCCUUGCCGAGGACGUUGACCUGGCUGCUCUCGCCCAGGAGACCGAUCUCUAUUCCGGAUCCGACCUCAAGAACCUGUGCGUGUCGGCCGCGAUGGAGGCGGUCAGGGAGGAAGUGCGGGCAAAAGAAGCCUGGACCGGCGAGGGCGAGUACCAGUGGCCUGAGAGGCGGGUGCUGAACAGGCGGCACUUCGAUAAGGGCCUGCGGGAAAUCAGUGCGAGCAUCAGCGGGGACAUGGAGAGCCUGAAGGCCAUCAGGAAGUUUGACGAGCAGUUUGGCGAUGCGGGAAGGAAGAGGAAGGCGAGGAGGGGCAUUGGCUUCGAAGUCGUCCCGGGUCCUAAGGAGGGCACCGAGGAGGCGAGGGUGAGGCAGGUUGGUAUAUAGCGAGCGUACCGUGCGCUGUGUAGCCAGGAGACGGAGAGAAUGUAGGAUGCCUGGGGAUGUAUUUUGGGAAGAAAGUCAUUUUGGCGAAUGGAGUACUGCAAUGUAAAAAAGAAAAAGACUGCGGUGAUUUUGGGAUGUGUAGAUAUAACACCUGUUCUGGAAGUGUGUAAAGCUGCACCGUACUUCGCCUGCCUUUUUUGCUGAAUACCAGUACCUAGAUGCUG